UGUUUAUAUAUAAAGGGCAAAGUAAUAAUAACCCUGAAAUCUCUCUCGCCUAUUGUGUUGCCGUUGCUGCUAUUUCGCCGUCGUCUCUUGAGAGUCUUACGAAGAUGGUUCUUCAAAACGAUAUCGAUCUGCUUAACCCACCAGCUGAGCUUGAGAAGAGGAAGCACAAGCUCAAGCGUCUUGUUCAGUCUCCAAACUCCUUUUUCAUGGAUGUGAAGUGCCAAGGCUGCUUCAACAUCACCACUGUCUUCAGUCACUCGCAGACAGUUGUGGUAUGCGGAAACUGCCAGACAAUUCUGUGCCAGCCUACAGGAGGAAAGGCGAGGCUCACCGAAGGAUGCUCUUUCAGGAGAAAGGGAGAUUGAGUGAAGUAGUCAUGAAAUGAAAACCAAGGCUGGUUUCUUUUUUGCUUUCUUUUUGUUGUUAUGAAUGCUUGUUGGUGUUUGGAAUUAUCUAGUUACUACUGAUGUCUGGAUUUUAUAAAGAGUUUUGGAUUUUAAGUUAAUUGUUUGAAGAAUGAAAACGUGUACGAUUGAAUA